GUCGGGGCCGCCACCGCGUCGUCCCUCCCUCCCUCCCGGUGCCUUCGCGGCGCAGCCCCGAGGAGUGAGUGGCCGGAGAGGGCGGCGGGCGCCGGCGCGGUGAGCCAUGUUGAGGAGGAUCCUGCAGAGGACUCCUGGGAGAGUUGGUGCUCAAGGUUCUGAUUUAGAUUCUUCAGCGACUCCUAUAAACACAGUGGAUGUUAAUAAUGAAAGCUCUUCAGAGGGCUUCAUCUGUCCAUUAUGUAUGAAAAGAUGUAGAACAGCUAUUGAUUUGUCGGAGCAUUACCAGAAAGUACACGCUGAGAAUGAAGCAAGAGGACAGGAGCUUCUUAAUGACUCCAGUGUUACUGGCUUUAUCUGUCCCCAGUGUAUGAAAUCUCUCGGAUCCGCUGAUGAACUUUUCAAACACUACGAGGCAGUUCAUGAUGCCGGCCACGACUCAAGUCAUGGAGGAGAGGCUGAUCUUGCUCUGAAGCGAGAGGACAUAACACUACUUAGACAAGAAGUUCAAGACCUGCAGGCCUCACUGAAGGAGGAAAAAUGGUUCUCAGAAGAAUUAAAGAAAGAGCUCGAGAAAUUCCAAGGGCUGCGGCAGCAAGAACCUAAGCCUGAUGGAUUGGUGGCUGAUUCAUCAGCAGAACUGCAGUCUUUGGAACGGCAAUUAGAAGAAGCCCAAACAGAAAAUUUUAAUAUCAAGCAAAUGAAAGAUUUAUUUGAACAGAAAGCAGCCCAACUUGCUACUGAAAUUGCAGAUAUUAAGUCAAAAUAUGAUGAAGAGAAGAGUCUUCGAGAAGCUGCUGACCAAAAAGUGAUACAUCUGACAGAAGAUCUAAACAAAGAGGCAACUGUAAUCAGAGACCUGAAGACUGAGCUGCUUCAGAGACCUGGUAUAGAAGAUGUUGCUGUGCUCAAGAAAGAACUGGUGCAAGUUCAAACACUAAUGGACAACAUGACCUUGGAGCGUGAGAGAGAAUCUGAAAAACUCAAGGAUGAGUGUAAGAAAUUACAAGCAAACAACGCUAACUCAGAGGCUACAAUAAGCCAGUUAAGAAGUGAGCUUGCCAAGGGGCCCCAGGAAGUUGCUGUGUAUGUGCAGGAAUUACAAAAACUUAAAAGUUCAAUGAAUGAGUUGAUACAAACAAACGAGAAAUUAAACGAAAAGUUACUGAAAAAAGAACGGGAAUAUACCCAGUUAGAGGAGAAACAUAGCGAAGAAUGUGUGAGUAAAAAGAACAUGCGGGCAAGCCUUCAUCAAAGAGACCUAGACUGCCAGCAGCUGCAGUCAAGAGUAUCUGCAUCUGAAGCCUCACUGCAGAGGAUACAGGCAGAACUGGGUGAAAAGGGAGAAGCUGCUCACAGGCUCAAAGAAGAAUUAUCUGAAGUAGAGGCCAAGUACCAGCAUCUGAAGGCUGAGUUCAAGCAGCUGCAGCAGCAGAGGGAAGAAAAGGAGCAGCAUGGGUCACAACUCCAAAGUGAGAUCAACCAAUUACACAGCAAACUUCUGGAGACAGAACGUCAGCUCGGGGAAGCUCAUGGUAGACUGAAGGAGCAGAGGCAGCUUUCAAGUGAAAAAUUGAUGGAUAAAGAACAGCAAGUGGCUGACCUCCAACUCAAGCUAUCUCGGCUUGAAGAGCAGUUGAAGGAAAAAGUGACGAACCUCACGGAAUCGCAGCACCAGUUAGAUAAAGCAAAGCAGCAGCAUCAGGAGCAGCAGGCCCUGCAGCAGAGCACAGCAGCCAGGCUAAGAGAGGCUCAGAAUGAUUUGGAGCAAGUACUGCGUCAAAUUGGUGAUAAGGACCAGAAGAUACAGAACCUGGAAGCCUUAUUACAGAAAAGCAAAGAAAAUAUUUCCUUAUUAGAAAAGGAGAGAGAAGACCUUUAUGCAAAAAUUCAGGCUGGUGAAGGAGAGACUGCCGUUCUUAACCAGCUACAGGAAAAAAACCACAUGUUACACGAGCAGUUAAUCCAGCUAACGGAGAAGCUGAAGAAUCAGUCAGAAAGCCAUAAGCAAGCCCAGGAGGAUCUGCACGACCAGGUGCAAGAACAGAAGACACACCUCCGCGCAGCGCAAGACCACGUCCUUUCCCUGGAAGCCACUGUCAGUGAAUUAAAUGGUCAGUUAAAUGAAAGCAAGGAGAAGGUCUCCCAGCUUGACAUACAGAUCAAAGCCAAAACUGAAUUGUUACUGUCAGCAGAAGCAGCCAAAACUGCUCAGAGAGCAGAUCUCCAGAACCAUUUGGACACGGCUCAAAAUGCACUACAAGAUAAGCAGCAGGAGUUAAAUAAGAUUACAGCUCAGUUGGACCAGAUCACCGCAAAGUUGCAGGAUAAACAAGAGCACUGCAGUCAGCUGGAAAGUCAUCUUAAAGAAUACAAAGAGAAACAUCUUUCUUUAGAGCAGAAAACCGAAGAGCUAGAAGGUCAAGUUAAGAAACUGGAAACUGAUAUUCUUGAAGUGAAAGCAAGCAAAGAGCAAGUUCUGCAGGAUCUGCAGCAGCAAAGACAGUUGAAUACAGAUUUAGAGCUGAAAACCACAGAACUGAGUAAACAGCUGGAAGUGGAGAAAGAAAUAGUAUCCAGUACGAAGUUGGAUCUACAGAAAAAAUCCGAAGCCCUUGAAAAUAUUAAGCAAAUGCUUACCAAACAUGAAGAAGAAAAACUAACCCUUAGACAAGAAAUUGAAAAAUUAAAUCAUGGUGCAAAAAUGCAGCAUAAGGAAUUGAGUAACAGAAUUCAAACAUCAGCAACAGAACUAGAGAAAGUGAAGAAGGAGAAAGAAAUGCUAGUAACGGAGCUUUCUGCAGCGAAAGAGGAUUUAUCCAAAGUUUCCGAUUCAUUGAAAAACUCCCAAAGUGAAAUUGAAAAGGAAAAACAGAAAGGAAAAGCUGCAAUAUUAAAUUUGGAAAAAACUUGCAAGGAAUUAAAACAUCAGCUUCAAGUACAGGCAGAAAACACACAAAAGGAACAGAGUGAACUGAAAAAGUCUCUUGAAAAAGAGAAGGAGAGCUCUCAUCAGCUGAAGUUGGAACUCAAGUCAGUGCAGGGACAAGUGAUGCAGGCCCAAAGCUCUUUAAAAGAAAAGGAAAAGGUGGAACAGCAACUUCAGGGAAGCAUAAAUGAACUCAAGCAACUGACUGAACAGAAGAGAAAGCAAGUUGAAACACUCCAAGGAGAAGUGGAAGUCGCUGUUUCACAGAAGACAGAGCUUGAGAAUAAGCUGCAGCAGCAGUUAACACAAGCAGCGCAGGAGCUCACGGCGCACAGAGAGAAACUGACUGCGUUACAAAGCACCUAUGACAGAAGUCAGGAACACCUGAACCAGCUCCAGUCUGAUUUCUGUGGGAAGGAAUCUCAGCUCCUAGCCGCAAGGCAAGCUCUUAAGUCCGUAGAAGAGAAGCUUUCUCUAGCACAGGAGGACUUGAUUUCAAACAGAAAUCAGAUUGGAAGUCAAAAUAAAUUGAUUCAAGAACUGAAGACUGCCAAUACUACUUUGGAGCAAGACUCAACCAAGAAGGAACAGCAAUUGAAGGAACAGAAUAAAGUUUUGCAGGAUAUUCAAAAAGAAAAGUCACUGAAGGAAAAAGAACUUGCAAAUGAAAAAUCUAAAUUGGCCGAGAUAGAGGAAAUUAGAAGUAGACAAGAAAAAGAAGUAACUAAAUUGAGUGAGGAAUUCAAGUCCCACAAGCAAGAAAGCCUAAAGGAGGUGACAAAUCUCAAAGAUGCCAAGCAGCUUUUGAUUCAACAGAAACUAGAGCUCCAAGGGAAAGUGGAUUCCCUGAAGGCAAAUCUUGAACAAGAGAAGAAAAACCAGCAGAUGUUCAAAGAGCAGGUGCAAAAGGAAGAAGAUAAGUUGAAAAAAGAAUUUCUCGAGAAGGAAGCUAAACUGCAUUCUGAAAUAAAGGAAAAGGAAGCAGGAAUGAAGAAGCACGAAGAAAAUGGAGCUAAGCUUACCAUGCAGAUCACGGCACUGAACGAGAACCUCGGCACAGUGAAGAAGGAGUGGCAGUCCAGCCAGCGGAGGGUCGGCGAGCUCGAGAAGCAAACGGACGACUUGCGGGGUGAAGUGGCUGUGCUGGAAGCGACCGUUCAAAACAAUCAGGACGAGCGCCGUGCCCUGCUGGAGAGAUGUCUUAAAGGAGAAAGUGAAAUAGAAAAGCUCCAAACCAAAGUCCUAGAACUGCAGAGAAAGCUGGAUAACACAACUGCAGCAGUGCAGGAACUGGGCCGAGAAAACCAGUCUCUUCAGAUCAAGCAUACACAAGCACUGACUAGGAAGUGGGCUGAAGACAACGAAGUCCAAAACUGCAUGGCCUGUGGGAAAGGCUUUUCAGUAACAGUGAGACGGCAUCAUUGCAGACAAUGUGGAAAUAUCUUCUGUGCUGAGUGUUCAGCUAAAAAUGCCUUAACUCCUUCUUCUAAGAAGCCUGUUCGUGUCUGUGACGCAUGUUUCAAUGACUUGCAAGGAUGAUGGGGUAUUUCGACUUCAAAGUAAUAUUAUACAGACAUUAGAUUUCUAAUAAAUGCACUUACUAGAGGUCUUGGACUGCUAUUUGACUUGGACAGUGGUUGCAAUUCUAGACCAGAUUAGAUCUCCUAUAUUUUAAAAUGAUAUAUCCAGUAAAACUUUCUAUUUUUUGCGAGAUAUGGGCUCAUCUUUCAUUAUUUUUGUUUCCUUUUAAGCUCUGGCAUAGCUCUCAUUCCAAGUGUAGAAACAGCCAAUGAAAUGUAAAUAAACUUUGAACAGAAAAUAGCAAUGUAUUUUUUUAAAUAUAAUUUCACUGUUCACAAAUGACAUGAGUACAUGUCCAUAGUUCAUUUCUUUCUAAUGAAAUUAGUGUACAGAAAUGGACACGGCGAUAUCAUCACAUCAUAUAUGUUGCACAAUAAUCCAUUAGUUAUAUCCAGUUUUACCUUUGCGAUGUCCUACAUUAAACUACAACACAAACUUUUUUGUUUCUCACAUCUAUGACCAUAGUUAGUUGCUGUGUCAUAAAUUUACUAUUUAAGUGUGCUGAAUGUGUACAAUCUAUAAAUCCAAACAUGAUUUUUAUUUUAACAGUACUAAGUUUUCUUGGGUAGAUAUUAUGAAAACCCUUGUAGAAUCAAUUUGCUUUACUUUUUGGAUAUACUGGGAAUGUAUUUUAAAGAUUAGGGCAAUUUCUUCUCUAUGUCUUUAUUUCUCUUAAACUCCCACUUAAUCUUCAUUAAAUAUCCUAUGAAAAAAUUCACCUUUAUUUGGAGAAUGAAUAAUAGAGAUGUAUAAAGGUCAUCUUCUGUUUUGUGUAAGUGGGAAACCUUCUGAGAGGAACUUUUAUAUUAGACUUUCACUUUGUUUCUCUAGAACCUUUAAUAAUCUGUAUUUGCUUUUUACAAAAUAGAUCUUUUUUCCCUUUUCUUGGUUUAGCCACCCCAAGCAUAGCUCAGCUUCCCUGUAAUUAACUUUCUAACUGUGCGACUUAAAGCUUAGUAACUCAUAAAGCUGUAGUCUUACAUGUGACAACAAAUACCAAAUGACAAAGAGACAUUAAAUAUCCUACUUUGUAUUUUAGUAUUAGCUAAUAGGAAAUUUUAAAUAAUUUUUUACUUUAUUUACAUUUUAAAUGUUUCUAAACUGUUCUACAUCUUUUAAUUUGCAACAAUAAUGCUGUGAAAUUACUUUUGAUUAACAACUAAAUAACAGAGUAUCAUGAAAAAUGAAUGUAUUAGGAACCCCGUUACAGUCAGGAGUUAAAAGAGUGACCAAGGCUAAUUAACAGUUAGCUUAUCUGUAAGCUCAACAGUGGAAUUAAAUUUUAAUUUAUCAUAGCUUGAUUAACUUGGAAGAUGGAAAAGCAUCUGAAGAGUGAAGUCAGUGUCUUUUAGCAAAAGAGCAGUCUUUCCAGCGAAGAAAGGCCUGGCUGAUACAUUUAUUUAUUCCCAUGCAGUUGGUAACAACAGUAGGGAAGGAUGGGAGUUGAAAAUGCACUUCCAACAAGGAGUUUGCAACAUGUAUUUGUGCUUUUAGGUAGCAUGUGGAAGUGAGAUUGUAGAAACAAUGUACAGAAACUGAAAAAGACUGCCACAUAUUCAUUUGAUUACUGAAAAGCAAAACACUACAUAAACCCUGUCAGUAACUAUUAAGGACACUGACUGAGUCCCUUAACUUGGCUAAAUCUUUGUCCUUGAGCAUAUAAAAUGCAGGGAAAUAAUGGUUCUUUAUUAAAAAUAGUAGUUGAAUGAUAUAAAUCAAGCUAGAAUUAUUACUAAACAAUUUUUUAUAUAUUUCAGGUUCCCUGCAAGUCUUCUUAACUGUACACAUUUACAUAUAAGUAUCUUAAUAAGUGUGCUGGAAAAACAGGUAUUCACACCUCUUUUUACUGUUCUAAAAUCAUAAAACCUCAUGAGCAUUCUUGUUCACUUCAUCUUCUGACGGGGUAAACAGAAGCCUCCCCCUCUCCCCCCGGCUCUGCCCCCUUUCCCCAGAGUCACAAAAAUAUGAACACAGCCAACACACAACCACGUAUGUUAGCAUUUCUAGUUUUUAGCUAUCAAUACUCACUUCACAGGUUCUAAAUAAUUUAUCAUAGGCUCUUUACUAACGUUAGGAAUGAAACCUAAUAUGUUUGCUAUUAACUCUCACCAGUGUAAGAUGUUUUGACAACAAAAGUUAAAGGUUUUCACUUCCUUUUAAUUGAAAUGUCUUCUGAGUCUUUAUUGGCUCUACAUUCUAGCUGUUUGCCUGUAGUGUUACUUUGUCAAUAUCGGAGUUGGCAUUACACAGAGUCACAGCUCAUGAUCCUAACGCAAAGCAUGUUGGCAUCAUAUGUUAGUCAAUUCUGACCCGGGCACAGAGAAGCAAGUAUAAAUCACAUCUUGCUGGGUUCAUGUACAAUCAAAUAUACCUACAGAAUUUUCUGAUAGGAAGAAGACAGUGUGCUGCUGGUCUAGGAUUUGUUUAUUUUGAAGAAAAGAGGGAAACAAACACAAAAACCUCAACGCAGUGUGCAAAUAACGUUUUGUUCAACUACCUCUUAAUGUGGAAUUAGCUAGUGUCAUAGUGUCUUCACAGCAAUGUUCAAUAGUAACUGCCAGAUUGGUCAGUUGCCCACCUCUCUUGAAAAGGCUUGAUGAUUAUUUUCUAGUUCUGGGAACUUCCCAGUCAACUUAGUUUUCUUUUUUAACCUUGUAUUUGCAUAACCAGUCUAGCUUUUAAGUGAAGAGCAAAUUACGAUCUUAUAUUUUGAUACUCGCAACCUGUUUGACGAUAGUUGUUUUUUUUUUUUUUUUCUUAAACGCACUUUGACUAAGGAAAAAAAAAAAAAAAACUAUGGAUGAUUUGAUCCAUAAGAUUGAAAUGUGCCAUUGAUUCAGUAUCCAAGACAUGAGCUUGAUGAGCGGUGUUCUGCAGUUAUGAUGCACACAUCACUGCGUCUCCAGUGCCCUUUGCCUGAGUUUUAAUGAUCAACUUCUUAUUGUUGCAGAUGUGAAUAUUGUGCAUAAACUUACUAAAUUUGUGUAAAAUUAUAUAAAAUAGAAUUGGGAAUGAGUCCUUUCUAUGUAGAAGUAAGGAGUUAAUUGUAACCCGAGGCAUUUCGUGUAUGUGACAUUGUAUACUUCACGAACUGCGUCUCAUAUUCCUAGCUUCUGUAGAUACUUCUGCAUGCUUGUUUUCUGAUUUUGUUUCGGAUUAAUGAUUUGUAAUGUGUUCACUAUUUGUGAUCAGGUAGUUGUGCCUUAUGUUGUGAGAGAGUUUAGUUCAGUAGACACUGUAAUUUCUAAACUCUGGUUGGAGGGUUAUUGAAAUUAGAUGACAUUAUCUACAUCUGUAUAAAGAACAAUGGAAGGAUCCUAAUAUUGAACUGUUGUUGCUUCUGUUUUUUAAUAUGUUAAAGAUUAAAAAAUCAUUUCUAG